GGUCUGUGGAAAUAUCCGUCCCAAAAUACUUUAAUGAGGAAGCAACCGCCAUCCCCUCCCUGCAACAACAAUCAUCGUCCCAAAGGAUGCAACUCUUUCCCAAUCCAAGAGUACCAUUUUGGUGCGUGACAAAAUUCUAUGUUUCUAUUUCAAAAAGAAUUACUGCAGGAUAUUCAACAGCGUGAAAAUUCCUAGCAYGAAAAAGCAAGAAGCUGCUUCGAGCGGUCCCRUCCAACCCUAUGACACUGCUGCAAUCUUCGAAUGUUUGCCCGGGUUCACCAGAUCGAGUACCUCGGAAACAUUUGUAACAUCUGCCUUCCGAAUCUGGUGAAUAUUGUCRAAAAUUCCCUUGCCGAUGAAAUCUGCUUUGUGCGCCAAGAAGCAAGCAACAUCCACUGCUUUCUCGAGAUGAAGGCUGUCUACUUUUUUCAUUUUUUUCUCCUUGACUUCCCCGCCGUUUUCCGUCUUCCCCUUUCCAGCGUCUUUGUCGCGAGAAACGUGAGAAAGUUGCUGGGUAUCGACAUCGAAAGUCCUUAGAUCAAUGCCAUUCCGAUACAGACUAAAUAGCAUGCGUUGCA